AUGGAACAGUCCGGUGGGAACUCGGAGAAAUCCCAGCUGAUCGCCGAGCGGAGCUCCAGGAUGUACUCCCUCAAACUGCAGAGCUCCUUUGCCGACUCGCAGCAGCAGCAGUACGCCGGCCUGACCCUGAAGAAUGGCGCCCUGGAGCUGAAGCGCGCCGUGGAGCCGCACUGCCACGGCCCCCGGGCGGCGGCGGCGGCGGCGGCGGAGCAGAGCCGGGACAAGCUGCUGGCCCAGAGGAAGCUGUACAUCGCCUCGGCCGUCUGCCUCGUCUUCAUGGUCGGGGAGGUCGUCGGAGGCUACCUGGCCCACAGUCUGGCCAUCAUGACGGACGCCGCCCACCUGCUGACUGACUUCGGCAGUAUGAUGGUCAGCCUGUUCUCGCUGUGGAUCUCCUCCAGACCCCCGACCAAGACCAUGAACUACGGCUGGAACAGAUCAGAGAUCCUGGGCGCCCUGGUGUCGGUCAUGUCCAUCUGGGUGGUGACCGGCGCUCUGGUCUACCUGGCCGUGGAGAGAAUCGUCCGGAACGACUACGAGAUCGACGGACACGUCAUGCUGGUGACGUCCGGCUGCGCCGUCAUCGUCAACAUCAUCAUGGCCUACAUCCUCCACCACUCCACCACCUUCCACGCUCACGGCAGCGGCUACCAGCAGAUGGAGGAGGACGUCCAGAGCCCGGCGGCGGCGGCGGCGGUCCACGGCCACGCCUUGCUCGGCGGCCACGGCAACACCAGCGUCCGCGCCGCCUUCAUCCACGUGGUGGGAGACCUGCUGCAGAGCGUCGGCGUCAUGGUGGCGGCCGCCAUCAUCUACUUCCGGCCGGAGUACAAGGUGGCCGACCCCGUCUGCACCUUCCUGUUCUCCGUCUUCGUCCUCUGCACCACCGUCACCAUCCUGAGGGACGUCUUCAGGAUCCUGAUGGAGGGCUCUCCUAGAGGCAUAGAGUUUAACUCGGUGAAGGAGGUGCUGCUGUCGGUCCGGGACGUGAAGUCCAUGCACUGUCUCCACCUGUGGUCCCUGUCUCUGUCUCAGCCCAUGGUGUCCGUCCACCUGGCCAUCGAUUCAGGUUCUGACCCGCAGUCCGUCCUCCAGGAGGCCUCAGACCUUCUGCACAGCAAGUUUGGCUUCUACAGCGCCACCAUCCAGGUGGAGCAGUUCACCGACGACAUGAGGCACUGCCCCCGCUGCCAGGAUCCCCGGGACUGA